UCUGUUUGUGUGGAUGUUCAGCCAGGUAGUGAGUGAAGGCGAUUCUGGCUGAGUUCUAUGGCUGCCGCAGGAUCUGUGCUGGCGGCGUUGCAGGUGGCCGAGGUGUUGGAAAACAUCUUGAGCCGCUGCGUGGGGCCGGAGGGGCGACAGGUUCUGUGCACGAAGCCCACCGGCGAGGUGCUGCUCAGCCGGGAUGGAGGCCGCCUCCUGGAGGCGCUGCACGUAGAGCAUCCGAUGGCCAGGAUGAUAGUGGCAUGUGUUUCCAGUCAUCUCAGAAAAACAGGAGAUGGUGCUAAAACAUUUAUUAUCUAUCUUUGCCAUUUACUCAGAGGACUUAAUGCAAUCACGGAAAAAGAAAAGGAUUCGUUGAUUUCUGAGAAUACUCAAACGCACAAAAGGCAUUGGAAAAAUUGUUGUCAGUGGAAAUUUAUUUCCCAAGCGCUACUAACAUUUCAGACACAAAUAUUAGACUGUAUUAUUGAUCAGUUCUUAAGUAAACACUAUAUGUCCAUUUUUUCUUCAUCUGCUAAAAAAAGAACAUUGUGUAGGAACUCUUUAGAGUUACUCUUAGAAGCAUACUUUUAUGGAAGAGUGGGAAGAAAUAAUCUCAAGUUUAUUUCACAGUUGAUGUGUGACUACUUUUUCAAGUGUGUGACUUACAAAAGUGAUAUUGAAGUAUUUGAGUUAGUGGAUGACUGUUUUGUAGAGUUGAAUAUUGGUGUUACUGGCCUUCCUGUUUCAGAUUCGAGGAUCGUUGAUGGGCUGGUGCUUCACAGAGAUUUUUCCGUUUACUGCCCAGCAGAUGGGGACAUAAGAAUAGUGAUUGUAACAGAAAUUAUCCAGCCUCUUUUUUCGACUUCUGCAUCUGAGUUUAUUCUAAAUUCAGAAGCACAAUUUCAGAGAUCUCAGCUUUGGAUUAUGGAAAGUAUUAAAGCAAUAAUAACACAUUUAUAUAGUCAGAAUGUAAAAUUGCUCCUAUCUACUGUGAAACAACCAGAGUUAGUUAAUUAUUAUGCAAGACUGAGUGGCAUAUCAGUGGUGGAGUGUUUAUCAGCAGAAGAAGUUUCUCUUAUCCAGAGAACCACUGGUCUUUCUCCAUGUGUAUUACCACAGGCCUCUUCACAGUGUGAAGUUUCUAAUACUGCUUUGGUGACAUUUUGUAAGCCCCUUACUCUUCGAUCCAAAAGGUAUGUUCAUCUUGGCUUGAUUAGCACAUGUACUUUUAUGCCACACUGUUUAGUUCUUUGUGGGCCAGUUCUGGGUCUUGUUGAACAACACAAGAGUGCUUUACAUGGAGCUUUUAAAAUGCUUCAGCAGUUGUUUAUUGACCUUGACCUAAGUUACGUAUUACAAGCCAAUGACCAAAAUGACACAUCAAGUCCUCUUAUGUAUAAAAAUGGCAGAGAAGGUAAUCAGUUCCCAGAAAUUGGUAAUGGCUCAAUACAAAGGCCCUAUCAGGACGUAAUAGUAAAGAACAAAGAUAAAUUGGGAAAAAAACAAACAUAUUUAAACAUAUGUUCAAAUUUGGUAGUUUCAGAUGCAGAAUUAGAAACAUAUAUUCCAUAUUCAACACCAAUGGAUACAUUCCAAACAGAUGAAACACUGAGGUGUUUGUCUCCAAGAAAUAAGGUGAUAAUUGAUACCUGUGAACUAUUAAUUGAGAAUAAUUCCACUAGUAAUUCUACAACAGAAAACACUAGAACAGAAAUUUCUUAUGAAAAUUUGCAAGUCACAAACAUUGCUAGAAAGGAGAGGCUGUAUAGAUACCUGAAUAUGUCUACUUCCCAGAGUUACUGUUACUCAUCUAUACCAGCAGGUUGUGUUUUGCCAGUGGGUGGUAAUUUUGAGAUCUUGUUACAUUAUUAUCUUCUCAACUGUGCCAAAAAAUUCCAGCAAUCAGAAGAAGCCAUAGUUAUUAAGUUAAUAGCUAACGCACUUUUAGGCAUUCCCAAAAUUCUUUACACACCUAAGAAAGGAAAUUGCAACUUUCCACAAAUGUAUUUGAGAUCUCUCCAUGCACUGCAAACCAAUCAACCCAUGGUAAGCAGUCAGGUGGGUUUGGAGUCAGUAUCUAGUAAGUACCAGUUACUAAAUUCAGUUCUUCAGUGUUUGACAAAAAUAUUAACUACUGAUCUGAUAAUCAAUGUUAAGAGACAACCACAGAAAAUUUGUGAACAAGAUUCAGAAGAUGAACUUUAACAUCAAAAGAUUUUAUUAACCAAACUUUUAUCCAAUUUAAACCAUAAAGUAAAGCAGGCAUAUGAUUACUGACUCUCAAGCAUUUAAUUCAGCCUGCUUAGGAAAAAAAAUUGAGAAGUACGGAAGGCCACAAGACCAUUCAGAUACAAAUAUUAGACUACUUUGUGGAACUAAACUAAGCAGGAAGCCAGAGUCCAACUAGGUGGAUGUGUCUUUCCCCUUUCUGGUCUCUGUGGUUCAGUUCUGUGUUAGUCUUUCUAUGGGAAGGUGUUUGAUUUUAGCUUCUUUUCUCUCUUCAUGCUCUCCUUCACCUUUCUUAAUUUCAGAUUUGGAUGGGGUCUUCAAAUGCC